UAGAAAAAAAAAAAAUAAAUAAAAGGUGCGUGUUCGUGGUUAAUAUUAGUUUUGUUUCAAAAAAAAAAAAAGAGAAAAAGGGAAUGUCUAAGCUAACCAUUGAGGAAUAUAAAGCGCGUCUAGCGCAAAGAAAAGAUGCUGAAUUGUGCCGCAUACCGAUAGUAAAAGUACCCCGAAAACGAGGAGGCCAGCUAUACAAAGACAAGAAAAGAAUAAGCUACCUCAAAUACAUCCUCUAUCAACAACAACCACCGCCCACAUGGGAAAAUGCUAAUAUUCUAACAAAAGAAUUGGACCAAUUAAAAGAAAAAUUUGAACAAAAACGACGACAAAGAGAUUCCACGCAACACGAACACCAAUCAACAAAAAAAAAAAAUACUAAUCAAAACCAAAUACAAAGUAAUAAUAUUACUAUAUGCAUUGCAAAUGCAUCGAUUGAACCUGAAGAACGUGCGAGUGGCAUAUAGGCCGCCUCUUGUACCAUCGUUGGAAUCACAGAGAAGGAUGACAACUGGAACCCGACAAUGCAACAAAGUGCACAAUUAAGAAUAAAAAUAAUUAAAUCAUAUAUGUAUACAUUAAUUUAAUUGUAAAAGCACUGCGGUACCCUUACUGCAGGACUUUCUAGAGUGCAAAUGGAGUCACAUCCUGCACAAAAUAUUAGGUAGGGAUAUUGGUAAUGAACAAAUAAUAAAUAAAAAAUAAAUAAGAAAUUAUGGAAUAGUAGUAAUGGAAUGGUCACUAAAUAUAGAAAAAAUAUUACAGUACAAGGAGGAUUUCGAGAAAUCAUAUAAAUGUCUCAAUAAGACCACAUAUAUCUCAAACACAACAAUAAAUAAGCAUUCAUUUAUUUUGGUAGAAACGUUGAACAAUAUAAAACAAUUAAUCCAUUUAGGAGAACCCAUAUAUAACAAUUCACAAAAGCAUGAAAUAGUAGACAUUUAUAAGCGUAUUUUGACCAAACUUAAUAGUUUAAUAGAUAAACACUCAUUAAAUAUAACAGUCCCGAACUGCAUUAACAAGCCCAUAAUUUUCAUUAUGCUAGAAGAAGAACCAAUUCAAGAACUUCAGACAGAACACCAAAACUCUAAUACAAUGGCGCAGUCAGUGGUAGAAUUUUUAAACACUGCCUGUAAAUUAAUUCCGGAAUUCGACGGAAAGGCAGAAAAUUUGCAAAGUUUCUUAGACGCCCUAACACUUGUCGACUCCAUUAAAGGAGUACACGACAUUCAAGCCGUCGCCAUUGUAAAAACAAAACUAAAGGGAACAGCCCGUAACUUCGUUGGCAAUGAAACUACCCUUCAACAAAUUAUCAGCAAAUUAAAAACAACGGUCAAGGGAGAGUCGGUAGAAGUACUCUCUGCCAAGUUAAUGAAUUUAAAACAAAAAUCGAAAACAGCGAAUGAUUACACAAAAGAAGUAGAGUCCCUUACAAAAUUGCUUGAAACGGCUUACAUAUCAGAUGGCCUUUCUUUUGAAUUAGCAACCAAAUAUUCUACGCAACAGGCUGUCAAAUCCAUAACUAAUAACUGCUCCAUCGAUACUGUUAAACUCAUCAUGGAAGCAGGUUCAUUUAAUACCAUGGAUGAGGCAGUUUCCAAAUUUAUAAAUGCCUGCACCCAACACACAGGGCAUACAAACACCAUAUUAUUUUACCAAAGGAAAUAUGGAAACUAAAUAACAGCCAAGGCGGUCUUGAGGUUCCCAAUGUUUACGAAGCGCUAUACAAAUGUGAAGUUAAACGACAUGUCGAGCUUAUUUUUAACUUCCCUAAUUUUUUAUUUAAAAAAGGGAAACAAAUUUUGAGCUAUAUUAACUUGAAUGACCUAGUUACUUCCGAGAAAAUUGAUUUAGAACAAUUAUUUUCGAGGCUUAAUAAGACGGCCGGUAACUUGGCCAUCAAGAAAUUACAAUUGUCCUUAGGCGACAAUCUGUUUAAAUAUACCCGGGUAGAAGAAUUUAAACAUAUGGGAAAUAAACACCUCAAUGACAUUCAAAUUGCGUUAACGCCAAUAACCAUAUAUGUAAACGACAAAAAAGUGAUCACUAAAAUCCUGAAAGACUUUCACGAUGAUCCUGUUAAAGGUGGCCACCCAGGAAUCAAUCGUACAACAAACAAGAUAAAACAAAAUUAUCAUUGGAAAAAUAUGACCAAGGAUAUAAAAAAGUAUGUUAAACAUUGCGCGCAUUGUAUUAAAAACAAAACUACCAGACAUAACAAGGAACCAUUAAUUAUUACAGAGACCCCUACAAAAUCAUUCGAAAUCGUACAAAUAGAUACAAUUGGACCAUUACCUAAAUCAGAGAAUGGAAACGAAUAUGCGGUAACAGUAGUUUGUGAUUUAACAAAGUAUUUAAUAGCAAUACCAAUACCGUCCAAACACGCAAAAGUUGUAGCCAAAGCCAUAUUUGAAAAUUGUAUUCUUAUCUAUGGUCCAAUGAGGACGCUCAUAACGGACAUGGGUACGGAAUACAAAAAUAGUAUUUUCACAGAACUAUGCAAAUUGCUAAAAAUUAACCAUAAAACAUCCACUCCCCAUCAUCACCAAACUGUGGGUGCAGUAGAGAGGUCACAUAGAAGCUUCAAUGAAUACGUUAGAACAUACAUAUCAACAGAAAAAGAUGACUGGGACACAUGGUUAAAAUAUUUCAAUUAUUGUUAUAAUACAACUCCAUCAACAGUGCAUGGUUACUGUCCUUUCGAACUGGUAUUCGCAAAAAAUUCACCAAACUACACAUUUCUACAAACUAAUAUAGUAAGUCCACUAUAUAAUUAUGAAGCUUACGACAAAGAGGUUAGAUAUAGACUUCAAAUAGCCCAUAAGAGAGCAAACUUGCUUAUAAGGAAAGCAAAAGACAAACAGAAAGACAACUAUGACAAACAUAUAAAUAGUAUUGAAAUUAAGUUAGGAGAUAUAGUUUUGGUCAAAAACGAAACAGGACAUAAGUUAGACAACACUUAUAAAGGGCCCUAUAAAGUCAUAAACAUAGACGAAACACAUAAUUUUACAUUAGAAAAUAACAAAA